ACUAUAUAUAUAUCUAUUUUCUAUGUCCAUCUCCCACCGUUGCUUUUUGGUUUUGGUUCUUUGGCCUUUUGAGACAUUUCAAAAGCCAUAAACUCUUUCUCUGCACUCACAGAUUCCUUCCAAAAGAGAGCGGCAACGAUGAGGCGUUACGUCUCCAAAUUCCUUGCUUGCCCUUUGCCUUUCACAAAAUCCAAUUUUUUCCUGGUCAAUUGUGAGGUUGAAUCAUAUUAUGCAUCCAGAGAGAGUAAUAGUCAAGGUUUAGUCCGUAGUUAUCUGAACGGAUCCUUCGCAAAGAUGUAUGCUACUUCUUGUGCUACUUUGUCAGAGGAUACUUCAAAAGAUAGUCCUGUUUCCGAUAUGCUAAUUGAUUCAUUUGGAAGGCUGCACACUUACUUGAGGAUCUCCUUGACAGAGCGUUGCAAUCUGCGAUGUCAUUAUUGUAUGCCAGCGGAGGGUGUGGAGCUCACUCCAAGCCCUCAACUACUCUCACCGAAUGAGAUUGUUCGACUGGCAAAUCUGUUUGUAAGCUCUGGAGUGGAGAAAAUUCGUUUGACUGGGGGGGAGCCAACCAUUAGGAAGGAUAUUGAGGACAUAUGUCUACAGUUGUCAAACUUGAAGGGACUAAAGACAUUGGCCAUUACUACCAAUGGAAUUACUCUUGCAAAAAAACUUCCAAAGCUGAAAGAGUGUGGGCUUACAUCCUUGAAUAUCAGCUUAGACACUUUGGUGCCAGCUAAGUUUGAAUUCAUAACCCGACGCAAAGGACAUGAAAGGGUUAUGGAAUCAAUCAAUGCUGCUGUAGACCUUGGAUACAAUCCUGUGAAGGUAAAUUGCGUUGUAAUGCGUGGGUUCAAUGAGGAUGAGAUUUGUGAUUUCGUAGAGUUAACACGUGAAAAGCCAAUUAAUGUUAGAUUCAUUGAGUUCAUGCCUUUUGAUGGGAAUGUUUGGAAUGUCAAGAAACUUGUACCCUACUCUGAAAUGUUGGAUAGAGUGACAAAACAGUUUACAGGCCUAAAGAAACUUAAGGAUCACCCGACAGACACAGCAAAGAAUUUCAGGAUAGAUGGGCAUUGUGGUUCAGUUUCGUUUAUCACAUCAAUGACUGAACAUUUUUGUGCUGGAUGCAAUAGAUUGCGACUUUUAGCUGAUGGGAACUUCAAAGUUUGCUUAUUUGGUCCUGCAGAGGUUAGCUUAAGAGAUCCCCUGCGGCUUGGUGCUGACGAUGAUGCACUGAAGGAAGUAAUUGGGGCAGCGGUGAAGAGAAAGAAAGCUUCACAUGCUGGAAUGUUUGACAUUGCAAGGACUGUAAAUAGGCCUAUGAUACAUAUUGGUGGAUAAAUUUAGCACAGAGAGGGGGAAAACACUUUAUCACUUGGUUAUACUAUCUGGAGUGUGUAUAUUCAAGCAGUAUUACAACUCAGUCACUCAUUUACUACCGAAGAACUCUGACUUAUUUUGUUCUAUUUAUUUAUUUUUAAAGUUCUGGUCUAUUUUCAGCAUUUUCAGUGAAAGAAUAUCGCUAGUUCUCUCCUUUGAAAUUCAUCUUCAUUCUUGCUUUUGCUGUAACAAGGAAAUAGACAAACAGACUGCCCUCUUCGCAUGAAAAUCAUGUACGCAGGAUUCAUAUUAUCCUGGUCAUGUCAGUUUAUUGAACUGGCUAGUGCUGGCUGCAGAUGAUGCUUUGACCACUUCUGCAAAAACCUCUUAUAUUAACCAACCCAUGUGUGUGGUAUACUGUUGAAUUUAGUGACUGUCAUAACUUGUGUGUAUUUCUCAAGUAAAAGUAAGAGACACUAGAAGGCCACCUUUGGUUUGUGUACUUGCGCUUUACUUAGUAAUGUUAUAAGUUAUAUGCUGCUGCAAAUAGGUUUUAUGUUUGUUGUAAUAAGUGCUAUCUUCCUCCUGUGUUGGAGGAGUUGAGGAAGGAU